AUGAAGUCCUCCACCAACUUGCCCAUCCAAUGUACAAUCUCUACAUCUUCGGGUUCAGCCAGCGAUACAUCGGCUCCAAAUGCCUGCCAGAAAUGUUCCAACAACAAACGGAAAUGUGACAAGCGCAUCCCUAGCUGCUCGCGAUGCCUAAGGACGAAUUCCGAAUGCGACUACUAUUAUGGGCUCGAGAGCGAGCUCCCUCCUGGACUAUCAUCUGCUCUCCUUCUAUCUGCAACGCCGACGGUGGCAGGCUGUCUAUCAGUACCUGGCGUAUUACACCCCCUCCCUAUACAGAGUAUUGACAUUGAUCGCUUCGCUGUGGAGUUGGUCACUGCUACCCUCGCUGAACGGGGCCAGCCUGUGGAAGCAGUACUCCAGGAAUAUUCUAAAUACAUCCAUACAUGGCUAGCAACAAUCCAUGAACAGAGAAUUCGAUCUCGCAUAUGGUCGCUUCAGCAUAGCCCUCACGCAGAGACCGCAUUAAUCCUGCUAGGAAUGUCUUUAAUCACCGCCAAAGGGGACAGCGCAUAUAGCAAGCACAGUGCUGAAAGCUCGAUCUAUCCACUGGCCGCCUAUCUCUUUUCUGUCCUGCAGUUUAUGCGAGGUCCAUCGCUUGAGCUUGCCCAGGGGGGUCUGCUACUUGCUGUGUACGAGACCGGGUCAGGGCGUUCCCAGGCAGCGUUCAUCACCAUCGGAAUAUGCGCAAGGAUGGGGUAUUUGCUCCGCUUGAACAUCGAUAUGCCGGACCCAGAGAGCUGGGCGAUCACCGAGGAGCGGAGAAGGGUCUGGCUAGGAAUACAUAUGAUGGAGCGGCUCACCCACCAGGUCGCGGAUAUCACGGCUACCCACGCCGUAGAGGACCCUGCCAAUGACUUCAAACUACCGAUUAACGAGGAGUAUUGGCAGUGCUACACAGCUUCCCUACCACCGAGACCCUUCCAGCCAUCCUUCUCAACGCCAGCAGACAUUCCUCAGUCAUAUUUUGCGCGCGAGAUUCAAGCCUCUCGCAUCCUGGGCAAUGUGCAAAAUCUGUCUAAGCCUAAACAAAACGAAUCAGUUUACGAUAACAUCGACAGAACCGAUGCCCUUCUGAUGCACUUCAUGAAGCACCUCCUCCAGCAAACCCCAGAGAGCUGGAAGGUGAUGUGUGGAGCAAACUCAAUCGCCAUGCUGACGUCUCUCGUUCUCCAUCGCAAGCGGCUUUCCUCUAUGUCCCAAAACACCCCCUCACCAUUUCCGCCUGGUAAACAAGAUCGAUCAAUCCUCGCACUAACCUCAACCGUAAAUAUGGUCCGUGACACAUGCAUCAAGUUCAACGCCCGGGACCGGAAAGAUAAACUACGUAUCUUGCCCUUGCCGGCAGCGAUAUGUGUUGGUGAGGCAGCGCGAAUGGCGGUAUGGCUUCGCGAGUGGCGUACAGCCGACCCGCCUAUCGAUAUCGAGCCCCUGCAACAGACGCUGGAGUAUUCGGCGGAUGUGUGGACUUUGGCGGGUGAUUACUUGCGAGACCUCCCCGGAGGUGGGAGUUGAUCGCGCAAUGGAUUUUGCUACUAUUAUCGAUGUUUGAGAAUCCCAGCCUUGUCUUUCCAAGGAAUAACCGGGGAUAUCUCGUCCAGUAAUAAAAGUGUGGAUGUUUAUCUGGGAUAUUAUACCGAAAGUAACUGCAGUAUUCAAAUAAUUAAUGCGC